AUGUAUCAUAAUCUUGUAUUGUGUAAAAAGUUCUUAAACACAUUAUCAUUAUGUAUACUAUUAUUCAGCUUUAAUAGACUAGAAAGCAUUAAAACAAAUAAUGGAAGGUUAAAUUACUCAAUUUCAAUAAAAAGUCCCUCUGAGCUUCUGGGCAAAUUGGUAAAUAAACUUGUUAAUGUGUCGACUGAGUCUUACAAUAGAGCAAAAAAGGAGUUAUAUGUUGAGGAUGUGAACGGAACUAUUGGUAAACCAGUGAAGUUAUUCUUGGUUUUGGAGCAAAGUGACCUUUUCAAACGCUGCAACAACACAAACUACAGCGAAGACGGGAGUGAAAUAAGCUUCUCAGACCACGACAAGGUUCUGCUUCCUCCUUCCUUUUUCGAGUGCCUUAAAGACGGAGAUUACAAUGUUCCAUUUCAAUUACUUGUGCACAAGAUACACAACCCUCAAGAAGUCAUUGACCCAAAAAGAAGCAACAAUUUGGCCAAUAAAGGGCCAAAGAAGGAUUUUAUCAAACUAACUGAUAAAGAGGAAAUCAAUGAGUGUACAAUACAAAGUAAUAAUGAGGAUUAUAUAUCGCAAAAUAAAAUUUCAGAGGAGUGUAUUUCAUGUUCUGCAAUUGAAUUUAGAACUGAUGAAAAUUACAUUUAUUUACCGAAAUGGAUUAUAAACAACCUCAAACUCAAGCCGUAUGAUAUAGUACUUGUUGAACCAGUAAAGUUAAGUGAUUGUACAAAUGUAGAAUUAAAAUGUUUGGAAAAGGGAUUUUAUGAUUUGAAAAACGUAAAGAAGAUUCUGGAGGAUAGAUUAAAGUACUAUUCAACUUUAACGAUAAAUUCAGUGAUUCCAAUAACCGUGGAUAAGAAAACAUAUAAUUUCCAAGUUGUUAAGCUUGAUACUGCAGAAUACCAGAACGUUAACCACGUAUCAAUACAGGACGUAGACAUUAAUCUUAAACUUCUAUGA